AUGAAUUUGAAAAGCAAAGCUUUAGAUUGUUUUAAAAAUAAACAUGGUUUUAUGCUUGAUGAUGAUACAUUCAUUAUAAAAUCUGGUAUAAAAGGAAAUGUGGACUAUCUUUUUGAUUUAUUAAAACAAAAAUGUACUGAAGAUGCAAAGUUAACAAAAACUUCAAAACGUAAUCAAUCAUCACCACCAUUAAAUAGAACCAUAAACACAUCCUCAACUACCACAGAAUCGACAAUGGCGGUUUUAUCGAGUAAUUCAUCAAACGUUGUCACAUCAAAAUCUUUAAACUUAUCACUCGAUGAACAUAAAUCUUAUAUAAAUAUUACAUUGAACAAUUGGUGUAAAAAUAAUGAAUCAAGACUUAAUUUGUCAAAUUUGUCCUUGAUUGAAGAUCAACAUUACUCUAUUUCCAUAUAA